AUGUUAUUGGAUGAACCGGCAGCAUUAUCGGCAACGAACAGACAUUUUGGACGAACGUUGCGCGGAUUGCGGGUGGUUUUACAUCGUUUACCAACAACAUCAAAUCGCGUUUCGAGAACUCCCAGAGAGGGAUACGUUAUUUUACGUGGUUUCCCUGUCAUCUUGCCACCUUUGUUCCCAAUUGAGGAACGAGAGAUACCAUCUAUCUCUCAACCUCGAUUGCAAGUCGCGUCCAUGGAAGACCAGCCGCAACCGCCCCAAGUACAGACAACAACAACAAAUUCUACUUCGUCGUCCGUCUCUCCAAAUUUGCAACGAUGCGCCAACGAUGAUAUUUUACUUGAAACAACUGUCCCUUCAGAAGCUAACGAUCAACAUUUUCUAAAUUUAAAUAACAACGACGUGCCGGUGAAUGUAUUAUUACCGCCUCCUAGACGAAGGCACGCUGACAUACCUAUUAGAAGAACGCACCGACACGCUAUUACUUUAGCACAACGACAACCGUUUCAUGUAGAAAUUCAUUCUUGCGGGCCAAUGACUGACGUAUGCCGUUUUUGCAACGCUUUGUUUUUUGAAUUGGAACCGAAAAAUCGGAAUAAUAUUAGAUUAAUUUGUUGCAAAGGGGGCGAAGUUAUUCUACCGCCUUUAGGGGAAUGUCCGAGAGAAUUGCAUCAAUUAUUAACUGAGAAUACACCUCUUGCUCGGCAGUUUUUGAAUAACAUCCCGAAAUUGAAUAGUAAUUUUGCCAUGGCCUCCAUGCACGCUACUAUUCCUGCGGAUGUUAAUGUUGGACAAGGGGCUGUUUGUUUCACAAUCACGGGACAAAUUUACCACCACGCUCAGGACAUCCCUCUAAAUGUGCCGCAUCGUGAUGAACCAAUCAGAAACAAUCAGUAUUAUUUUCUUGAUGUCGCGGAAGCGCUCGAACGUCGCAACGAUUUUUUUGACGAGACGGGAAUAGAUCCGCAUCUUUUCCGGAUCCUCGAGGAAAUAUUGAGGCGCACGAACGUACUCGUCCAUAGUUACAUUUGCAUUCGGGAAAUGAUUCGGGAACGCAUCGAACGUGACGGGCCAAACUCGGUAGCGAACAUCGUGGUGGGAUUCAAAAACAACAUCAAUAGAGAUCGACGGAAUUUUAACUUACCCGAGAGCCGCUGCGAAAUAGCAGCGGUAUUUGAUAACGAUAUACCGUUCGAUGUUGAUCUGCGAGUGUAUCCACGACGUCCGCUUAUCGACCAUCAAAAUAAAAUUAGUAAUUUGUCUCGUGUGUCUGAUCCCAUGGUGUACCCGUUACUCUUCCCUCCCGGAGAGGACGGUUAUGACAUGCGUCUCAGAUACGCGAGCAGACGAGACAAAAAGGUCUCGCUCCGGGAUUUCUAUCAGCACAGGUUGAUGGUACGUGACGGGACUUUUUCCAUAUUGCACAAUUCCGCGAAACUAUUUCAACAGUACGUGAUUGACACGUACGUGAAAAUAGAAUCGGAAGAGUUGUGGUGGUAUCGGACGAAUCAACGUCAAGUUCGGACCACGUAUUACAACCGCUUAAUCGACUACGUGCGCAAGCGCGUAGCCGAAGCGGGGCCUAAUGCGAGGAUCGGCCGUAUCACCAUCCUGCCGGCCACGUUUAAGGGUAGUUGUCGCGGACAGAACAAACUAUACCUGGACGCUAUGGCAGUCGUUGCCAGACACGGUAAACCAGACUUAUUUAUAACGAUGACCUGCAACCCCCAUUGGCCAGAAAUUACUCAAAAUUUAAAUUUUAAUCAACGCGUGGAAAAUCGUCCAGAAUUGGUGUGCCGAGUCUUCCAUACAAAGCUCCAACAAUUCAUGAACGAUUUAGUCAAAGAACAAUUCUUAGGAAUUGUCCGCACUUAUCAUUAUUCGAUCGAGUUUCAAAAAAGAGGACUGCCACACGCUCACAUUUUAAUCGGGUUCGAACCUACGGAUCGGAUCGACGACGCGGAGAAGAUGGACCGGAUUAUAUCUGUACGGAUCUACAAUCCGGCCGCCCCGUGUACCAACUUGGAGUCUCGCGUGUGCGCGAAAGGCUAUCCAAAAGCCUUUCGACGCGAUACCGUUCUAAAUUUCCACCGUUUCAACGGAAGACCGGAAUAUGCCCGUCCCGAUGACGGUCGGUUUGUCAUUUUCGCAGGCAAUCGUUAUGAUAAUCGGCGUAUCGUGCCUUACAACCGCUGGGCUGCGAUGAGAUAUCGGACUCACAUUAAUUUCGAAGGGGUCGGAUCUUUUGCCUCUAUCCGAUACCUGUACAAAUAUUGCCACAAAGGACCAGAUUGUAUCACCAUCCAAAUGCGCGGGCAGAAUAGUGAAGUCGAUUGGGACGAGAUUCGUAACUAUACCGACUGUCGAUAUAUCAGCUCGAUGGAAGCGUGCUGGCGUAUUUUCGCGUAUAAAUUACACGAUCGUCCCCACGCCGUAGUUACGUUGCCCGUUCACUUGGAGAAUGAACAACCCGUCACUUUCGAUGAAGAUGAAGACGAAGAUGAAUUACUGACCCGUGUCGCGGACGCAACAAACUACGUGUCUAAAUUGGUGGCGUAUUUCCGUCUGAAUGCGGUCGACCCCGAAGCACGGCGGCUGCGCUACGUCGAGAUACCCGAAAACUACGUUUGGUUUAGAGGAGAGGGGGAAUGGCGUGCGCGUCAACAUUUUAAUAAAAUCGUGGGAGUUAUACGGGAAGUAUCCCCGUUGGAUGACGAAAGGUUUCACCUGCCCGACGGAUAUGUCUGUCAAACGUACCGUGAAGCCUGCGAGAAGCGUCGGUUACUCGCCAAUUUUGACAUUUACCGCAACGCGAUGCGCGAGGUUUGCGAUCGCGAUUUGCCGCCGCGCGUCAGAAAUUUUUUCCCUCUAAUUAUUUUAGUUUCAUUCGAGCGCCAUCGGCACGAAAUACCGGCCUUAUGGGAGGAGUUCAAAGAUCCUUACAUGAUCGCUGAUCUCAUAAGACGCGGUAUUCCGCGGCCGAUCGCGCUUCGCCGCGCUCUCAUUAAUAUUGAUCAAAUCGUGGCGGCAAAUCGCGAGGGAAUAAACCUCAACGAGAUCGGUCUGGACGACCCGGAAGCUGCUGGCGUCAAUGAAGCGAACGCGUUUGCGGAAGUGAGACAAUGCGCGCCGGCGUCAGACGAGCACGAGAAUGUGCUCUUGAGAUUCAGGGACAGAGCAAACAGCGUAGAUUCGGAGAGUGCGUUGCGAUAUUUCCACCUCGACAGGGCUAUCGUUGCGGGACUGGAGGCGGACGAGACGUUCGUCAACAGAAAUUUAUUUUUUGUUGACGGGCCCGGCGGAACUGGCAAAACUUUUCUCUAUAACGUAAUCGCGGAGCGAAUUCUGUCUGCCGGCGGUGUCCGUCUGAUGGCAGUUGCGUGGACGGGAAUCGCUGCGUCUUUACUUAUAGAGGGGAGGACCUGCCACCACGUUUUCCGUCUCCCUCUGGACCUGGACGAAGAGUCCACGGUCGGAUGGCCGGCCGAGCACGAAAGGUCGCAAAACAUUCGUCGAACCGACGUCAUUCUUUGGGACGAGGUGUCGAUGACCUCAAAGCAUGCAUUGAACGCGGUCGACAGGUAUGUUUGUGACGUGUGCGAGAACAAUGUGGUUCCUUUCGGGGGAAAAGUAGUCCUUUUCGGGGGUGACUUUCGUCAAACGUUGCCGAUCGUGGUGCGCGGUUCGCGCAUGGACAUCUUUGCAAACUGUGUCAAAUCGAGUCAGAUUUGGCGCAGGGUGAAUGUGUUUUGUCUUCAGACAAAUUUGCGAGUGAAUCGCGCGGUACAAUCGGCGACCGAGGCGGCGGCUCAUCAUCCCGAAAUGGUCGACUUGGAAGUCGUUUGGAACCGCAUUCGAGAGUACGGCAAUUGGCUUUUGCGUAUGGGGGAGGGGUUAAUCGAGAGGGCAAUUUUGCGCGAUACGUUCGUCCCGGCCGAUCUCAUCAAAAUCGAUCGUCAUUUCGUAAUGCCAACCAUACAGGAAUUGAUCGAAUGGGUCUACGACAGAGUAAAUGAAAACGACAUCGGGGAUCGAGUGAUACUGUGUCCCACCAAUGUCGCGGUAGAUGACAUUAAUUUGCUAAUUUUAAAUCGGAAAAUCAUUGGUGAGCCAAGGUACUACCACUCGGUCGACGAGUAUGCCGGCAAUGCGGCGACCGAGGAUGAUGAAUUUCACGUCCUUUUGGACGUCGUUCAUCGGAUCUCGGCGUCCAACCUUCCGCCACAUGAGCUCGUGCUCAAGACGGGAGCGAUUGUCGUCCUGCUUAAAAACCUAGACGUCCGGCAUGGACAGUGCAACGGCACCAGAAUGAUGAUUGUGCGUCUCGGCGAGGAAGUUUUGGAAGUCAAGGUUUUAUCGGGUCCCCGCAAAGGGGAGACCAUCAACUUGCCCAAAAUUGAAAUUACAUCGAGCGUUCCGCAACUUCCUCGCCCGAUCAAGAGAGUGCAGUUUCCCAUACGGCUGGCAUUCGCCAUGACGAUUAACAAAAGUCAAGGACAGACGUACGCAAGAGUAGGAAUCCAUUUGCCAAGCCCGUGUUUCGCGCACGGACAGCUUUAUGUGGCCUUCUCUAGGGUGGGCUCGCCUGAAGAUGUGCGUGUUGUGAUCGAAAACACGGCAAAUCAAGGCGCUUUCAGACGCAGAGACGGAGUUAAAUUGACGCGUAACGUCGUUUACUCCAACAUUUUUAACAACCCCGAACCACUUCGACAACGGUUACCCUGGAAUCCUACUCGUGCGAUUAUUGGGGGUCAGGGUGAAGUCGUGCUUCCGGCACGCACGUCACCCUCUCCACCAACGUCUAACGAACCGACCAGUACUUCGUUCGAACAAGACUACGAUUUUUUCCCGGAACAUCGGGGACAACCACGACAUUAUCCUCAGUUGACGUGCCAUCACCGGUUGUGA